GUUUAGUUUAUCCAUUUCGUUUCAAUCCCACGACUCCUUCUCUCUCUCUCUUCUCUUUCUCUCUCUAAGAUUGCUCCGCCGUCUCCGGCGGUGCCGCGGCGUUUCCCGACCGGUCGUCGCUUCCUGCGAAUCGAAAUGCGACGGCUCUGAUCGCCGGACCGGCCCGCCAUUUCCGCUCCGCCGGCACCUCCUUCGAGCUUCCCUCUCCCUCCGAAGCUGCACCAGUGCUUAUUACAUAUAAUAUAUAUAUAUAUAUAUAUAUAUAUAUAUCUGUAUAAAUAUUUCGCAUCGAAACCGAGGGCGGAUUCUACGCGUGGGGGAAUAUAAUAGAUUGCAUUCUCGCCGUCGCUGCUUUGUCGCGAGUUGGAGCCGCGAUCUGCAGAUCUGCCGAGCGCCAUGGGGAAUGCUAACGGGAGAGAGGAAGGGCCGCACGACGAUGACGACGACGACGCCGACGCCGCCGCCGCCCACGCCGGAUCGAAUGGCGUGCGGCUCCCCCGCGAGAACCACGCGCCGGCCCCGCCGCACGCGCCGCCCCCCGAACCCGCCGCGGGCCGGGCUCCUGCUCCUCCUCCGCCCCUCGCUAUCCCCGCGCACACUCCGCUGCCCCUCGUCUUCGCUCCUCAGAUUCCUACGCCUCCAUUUCAAAGGAGUGAUGGCCUUGUCGCUUUUACUCAGAGUAGGCAGAAUGAGUCUCAAGGAAUUGCUGAUAAUCCUUCUGAGGGAGGAAUUCCCACGGUCAUUGCAUGGCAAUAUGGUGGCAAUGAUGUGGUGGUGGAAGGAUCGUGGGACAAUUGGGGAUCUAGGAGAAGACUACAGAGAUCUGGUAAAGAUUAUUCUAUCCUUAUGGUCCUACCAUCUGGCGUAUACCAUUACAGGUUUAUUGUUGAUGGUCAAUGGAGAUAUAGUCCAGAUCUCCCCCAUACUACUGAUGAGAUGGGCCAAGUUUGUAAUAUACUGAAUGUUGACGAUUAUGUUCCCGAAAUUUUGGACAGUGUGGCUGAAUUUGAGGUUCCAUCGUCACCUGAUUCUAGUUACAGUCAAGUGCUGCCAGCUGAGGAAGAAUUUGCGAAGGAGCCAGUGGUGGUUCCUCCUCAUCUUCGUCUAACUGUCUUGGAUACAGAAAAUUCAGAUGAAACUGCUCCGCUCAAGCCCCAACAUGUCAUGCUUAAUCACCUUUUCUUAGAGAAAGGAAGGACCCCCCAGUCCGUAGUUGCUUUAGGAUUGACUCAUAGGUUUCAGUCCAAGUAUGUAACUGUUGUGCUCUACAAGCAGCUCAGAAGGUAGAUAUUUUGUUUUGUUCUUUGUAAAGAUAGACUUGUGUUUUGGGCAAAGUUGUCUUGUUAAUAACAAUACUCUCAUAUACAGCCCCCUGCGUGGCUGUAGUACUCAAGAAUUUUUAUGUUUCACUUUAUCCCUCGACUUUUGAAGGUGAGUAUCGUCUUGAGGCUGUUGUCCUCAAUGUAAAUUAACUAUACAUUAGGGAGGAAUGUGAAAAUUAUUUCCUGCUA